UCCGUCCAUCCGAUCGGCCGCAUCAGACCUACCGCCAUGGAUCGCGAUGUUCAUCAACGCUGCGAUCCGGAGGUGUUUAUCCAAACGCUGCGAUCCAGUCAUCACAGAUUCAAAAAGAAACACACCAAGUGCAUCGCUAUCCCUACUGAACAGAAGUAGAUCACGUCACUGAUCAAAGUGCUUUACUUCUGGCCGCUCCUGUCCCAAGAUGACACCGACAUGUUUGCUUUGUUCACAGUCUAGAAUCUUGUGCAUGGGUUUGGACACCACAACACGAAAUCUUGCUUAAGUUUGCCAUGUCUUCGAGAAGCUUUGACGAGAGCGUACCAUGCUCGUCGCUUUCGAGGUAAGCCGCCGAGGUAGGCGAUAGCAUUUGGCAAGUUGCUGAUGCGAGAGCGCGCGGCUUUCUCAUCGGCGCUACCUAUGGCCGCACCACACUGAAUGGAGAAGGGUUACAGCAUCAGGCCAUCUAUGCAUGUCAAUUGCAUAGUUCUCUAGUUGAUUCAUGUAUUGCCGACCAACACAAAUGAAGUCAGAUUUCCCACACUGUGCAGGGAAUCUGUAGUGAUGUUUGCCAGGAUGGGCAUUCUUUGCUCAUUGCUCUGACCUGUCCAGCCGCUUGCUUGGAUUGAUUAUGAUUACCAAAUUUCCAGGGCUCAGCAGCUGACUUGCGGCAUUUUGACCUUGCUUGCGUCCGCUGUGUUCAUCCGCUGCAGUUUGCAAUAUAGAUGCUUCCUAAACAAAUCCAUCAUGAAUUGAAUAGUUUGAUCGUGAAACAGUGCAGCUCAGUCCGAUAUGGACUAAAUAAAGUCCUACCCUACGCAAGUACCUGAGUGCCAAGCACAUGGAAGUUCAGAAAUCUACAAUUCUGGAAUUUGAAUGCUCGCGAUGCUCUAAUGGCUGGAUCCGAGCGUAUCGACCGCUGAACGCCGUCAACAGGGCCAUGCCAGUUUCGAGGCCCCGCUGUCUCGAGGGUCACGGUCUUUUGGGCUCAAUUGACUCUGCUGCAUACUGAUGAGCUGCAGAAACGUGCGUUUCAUGUAGCCGCGUGGGUUGCAGAGCUUCCAGCUCAGCAGAUGUCUUUGCAGUAUGAUAGCCUGUCUGCCGUGUCACUUUUGCAGCGGUACUUGCAGUCUGUCAAGCAUGCACAACCUUUGUGUGAACAUCUAUCACAAGUGCUGACGAGGAUUUCUGAGCGAAUCAACACAGAUUCAGAGCUUGAGAUGCAAUGGCCGGGCCUUUUGCAGGAUCUCAAACAUUUCGUUCCAGAAGCCAAGGCUACAAAAGGAGCCAGGCUGAUGAAUAAGGCAGUACAGUAUAUGUUUGGAGAAACACUACUUGUGAGACAAAGCAAGAGGAGUAUGUGUCUUCAUUGGAAGAGUCACUUCAAAAAGUGGAAGCUGAUGACCUGUGCCAGAUUCGCUCCAUUUUCCGCCGUGCAGUGGCUGCAUUGUCUCCACCUCAGUGUAUGUCCGAAGGUGCUGCACAGAUAGCGCCCGAGUCUUUGCAGCUAAAGGGGUCUAAACGAGAUCUUCAGUUUCGUCUCCGGAAGGUUGUUCUAGCAUGUUUGGAUUAUUUGGAGUUGUCUGAUUCCAAGGUUCAGCCAGCCUUGAAGCUUCUCAAAUCGCUCCCCUUGGUAAGUUUCAGGAAUUGAACGCAGGCGACAGAGCUCUCAAGAUUGGGUGUCG